CUGAGGUAAAAUCAAUGGGAACAUGUGGCUAAAGAAUACAAAGAGAUGUGGCAGUUUCCAAAUUUACUUGGUGCUGUUGACGGCAAACAUAUUCGGAUUAAAGCACCCAUCAAUUCUGGAUCUUUAUAUUUUAAUUAUAAGAAAUAUUUUAGCAUAGUCCUUCUCGCUGCUUGUGAUGCCAAAUAUCGUUUCACAUGGGUAGAUAUUGGACAAUAUGGUUCAGUCAGUGAUGGAGGUGUAUGGAAUAAUACAGAUUUUGCCGAAGCUUUAGAAAAAGAAUUGGUCGAUAUACCUCCUCCAAAAAAUUUGCCAAAUACAAAUAUUAUAACGCAUUAUGCUUUUGUUGGUGAUGAAGCGUUCCCUCUAAAAUUAUACAUGUUACGUCCAUAUUCAAAAGACAAUUUGACAGAUGCACAACGUAUUUUUAACUAUCGUCUGAGUCGUGCAAGGCGAGUGAUUGAAAACGCGUUUGGAAUUUUAACAGCAAGAUGGCAGAUUCUUCUGAAUACAAUAUGUCUUAAUCCUGAAAAUGCUACUGCUGUUGUCAAAGCUUUAGUAUGUUUACACAAUUUUAUAAUGAUCACAGACGAAGAAAUGAAUAAUGCGCCUGAUACGCGAUUGUACUGUCCUCCUAAUUUUGUGGAUAAUAUGGAUAAUGAAAAUGGAGAGUGGCGUAACAUAAGAAGAGAUAAUGUUGUUCUUGCCGAUCUAACACGUUUGGGAAGCAAUAAUGCAUCACGAAGAGCAACAGAACAACGCAAUAUUUUAAAAGACUAUUUCCUCUCACCUAUUGGAGAAGCACAGGCACCAUGGCAGUAUAAUCGUGCCUUUCGAGGAAUAAAUAUUAAUUUGCCAGAAUAAUAUGUACUUUAUGAAGGAAUAAACUUUUAUUGU